AUGUCAACUGUUGAUUAUUCUCAAACUCCAUUUCAGUAUGAUCCGUCAAUCGCCGCUGCAUCGAUAUUCUUAUUAGUUUUUCUUCUCGUCACAAUAUGUCAUAUUUAUCAACUAAUUCGAUACAAAACAUGGUAUCUCAUUCCGAUCGUUAUUUGCGGAGUCGCUGAGAUAAUAGGUUAUUCAACUCGCUUAGCAUCUCGUCAAGAUUCAUACAAUAUCAAUCUCUAUUCAGCACAAUAUGCAUUUCUAGUUUUAGCUCCGAUAUUUCUCGCCGCGAGUGUCUAUAUAAUACUUGGUCAAAUAAUUCGUUUUGUUGAUCAUCCAUCGUUGAUUCCUGCGAAAUGGAUCGCGAUUAUAUUCGUUAUCUGCGAUAUUAUUUCGUUUAUUAUUCAAGUUAUCGGAGCGAUUAUUUUAUUGAAUCAGAGUAAAUCAAGUAAUUUAACUACGGGAAAGUAUAUUUUGUUGGCUGGUUUAAUUGUUCAAGUCGUCACAUUUCUAUUCUUUAUCAUUUGCGCAGUUCAUUUUCAUAUUGAUACAAUUCAAAAUGGUAAAAACGGAAAAUGGAAAUGGUUAAUGAUGAGUUUGUAUAUCGAUUGUGCAUUGAUCCUGGUGAGUCAACAUAUGGAAGAGCACUGGAUUUUGAAGAUAGAACAGGAUAUUUGCAGACGAACGAAUGGCCAAUUUAUAUAUUCGAUGCUCUAUUCAUCUCGAUUUCAAUGUUUGUCUUCAACAUUUUUCAUCCCGGAAGAUUUUUGGGGAAACAAAAAAUUUCUCCAACGAUAA